GGCUGGGAACUGAGCCGGACGUGGUCUGCAGGCUCAGGCUUGACACACACGCUCACACAAAGGGGGCCGGAAAGUGCCCGGAGGAAGCCCGCGCGUCACGGGAGGGGACGGAGCCGGGACCCUGCCGCGCCCGCCCAGCCCGACAGCAUCCCGGUACCGGGCCCGCACUCCCAGCAGCGUUCCAGCCACCGCCACUGCCACCGCGGCCGCUGCCAAUGAAACUCCUUCCGCUCCUAGUGUUUUUUUCCACUUUGCUGAAUUAUACCUACUCUCAAAAUUGCACCAAAACACCUUGUCUCCCAAACGCAAAAUGUGAAAUACGGAAUGGAGUUGAAGCCUGUUAUUGCAACAUGGGGUUUUCAGGAAAUGGUGUCACAAUUUGUGAAGAUGAUAAUGAGUGUGGAAAUUUAACCCAGUCAUGUGGUGAAAAUGCUAACUGUACCAACACAGAGGGAAGUUACUAUUGCAUGUGUGCACCUGGUUAUAAAUCCAGCAGUAACCAAGACAGGUUUAUCACAAAUGAUGGGACCAUCUGCAUAGAUAUUGAUGAGUGCAGUGAACCAUAUGCCUGUGGUGAUCAUGCAGUGUGUGAAAAUGAGGUUGGUGGGUAUCACUGCUCCUGUGAAGAAGGUUAUCACUCAUCCACUGGAAAAUCACAGUUCACUCCUAGUGAUGGCACUUACUGUCAAGAAAAUGUGAAAGUAAACUGCUUUCUAGAUAAUUCCUGCAUCGCUGCAACUAUUCAUAGAACUUUAACAAGAAUCAGAAAUGUAAAAGAACCUUUGUCUUUACUACAUGAAGUCUACAGAAAUUCUAUGAAAGAUCUUUCACCAAUGGAUAUGAUUACAUAUAUAGAAAUAUUAGCUGAAUCAUCCCAACUAUUGGAAUAUAUGAACAUCACUAACUCAGCUGCGGGUACCCUUUCUAACUUAACACUUACUGAGUUUGUAAAAACUGUGAAUAAUUUUGUUCAGAAAGAUACAUUUGCAGUUUGGGAUAAGUUACCUAAGGAUCAUAGAAGAACCCAUCUUACAAAACUGAUGCAUGCUGUGGAACAAGUCACUUUAAGGAUAUCUCAGAACUUAAAAAAAACCACUCAAUUUGAUACGAAUUCAAGUGAUAUUGCUCUCAAAGCUUUCUUUUUUGAUUCAUAUCACAUGAAGCGUGUUCAUCCCUAUAUGAAUGUGGAUGGAGAUUAUAUAAAGAUAUUUCCAAGGAGAAAAGUUGCUGAUAAUCAAGACGGCAAUGUUGCAGUUACAUUUUUACAUUAUAAGAAUAUUGGUCCCUUGUUUUCAUCAUGUGACAACUUCUUACUGGAACCUCAAAAUUAUGAUAAUUCUGAAGAGGAAGAAAGAGUCAUCUCUUCAAUAAUUUCGGUUUCAAUUAGCUCAAACCCACCCACCUUGUAUGAACUUGAAGAAAUAAUAUUUACAUUAAGUCACACAAAGACCACAGAUGAGAAUAGGAGUCAGUGUGCAUUUUGGAACUACUCACUUGACACCAUGAAUGGCAGCUGGUCUUCAGAGGGCUGUGAGCUGACUUACUCCAAUGACACCCACACCUCAUGCCGCUGUAAUCACCUGACACAUUUUGCAAUUUUGAUGUCUCCUGGUCCUUCCAUUGGUAUUAAAGAUUAUAAUAUUCUUACAAGGAUCACUCAACUAGGAAUAAUUAUUUCACUAAUUUGCCUUGCCAUAUGCAUUUUUACCUUCUGGUUCUUCAGUGAAAUUCAGAGCACCAGGACAACAAUUCACAAGAAUUUGUGUUGUAGCCUCUUCCUUGCUGAACUUGUUUUUCUUGUGGGGAUCAAUACAAAUACAAACAAGCUCUUCUGUUCAAUCAUUGCUGGGCUGUUGCAUUACUUCUUUUUGGCUGCCUUUGCAUGGAUGUGCAUUGAAGGCAUCCACCUCUACCUCAUUGUCGUGGGAGUCAUCUACAACAAGGGAUUUUUGCACAAAAAUUUUUAUAUCUUUGGCUAUCUCAGCCCAGCUGUGGUGGUUGGAUUUUCAGCAGCCUUGGGUUAUAGAUAUUAUGGCACCACUAAAGUGUGUUGGCUUAGCACAGAAAACAACUUUAUUUGGAGUUUUAUAGGACCAGCAUGCUUAAUCAUUCUUGUUAAUCUCUUGGCAUUUGGAUUUAUCAUAUACAAAGUUUUUCGUCACACAGCAGGGUUGAAACCAGAAGUUAGUUGCUACGAGAACAUAAGAUCUUGUGCCAGAGGGGCCCUUGCUCUCCUGUUCCUUCUUGGGACUACCUGGAUCUUUGGAAUACUUCAUGUUGUGCAUGCAUCAGUGGUGACAGCUUACCUCUUCACAGUCAGCAAUGCCUUCCAGGGGAUGUUCAUUUUCUUAUUCUUGUGUGUUUUAUCUAGGAAGAUCCAAGAAGAAUAUUAUAGAUUGUUUAAAAAUGUCCCUUGUUGUUUUGGAUGUCUAAGGUAAACUCAAGAACUGUGGAUAAACAUUGCAACACAAAAAUAAAAUGCCAGGCUAUGGAUAGCCAAUGCAAAAAAUGACUUGAAAAAAAAUCCUGUUAUUAAUUACUAAUUAGUCAAACUUAAAAGUCAGUGUUCUGUUUACGGUAGAGAAACUUUAUGAGUUAAAAUUAUGUACCACAUAGCAGUAGUAUCCUUUCCUACGUGACAUAAGUUAGUUAUGUCAAAAAUAGUAUUGCAGAUAUUUGGAAAGUAAUUGGUUUCUCAGGAGUGAUAUCACUGUGCCCAAGGAAAAAUUUUCUUUCUAACACAAAAAAUAUAUGAAUGUCCUGGAGGAAACCACUGGCUUGAUAUUUUUGUGACUCAUGUUGCCUUUGAAACUAGUCCCCUAUCACCUUGGUAAUGAGCUCUGUUACAGAAAGUGGAACAUAAGAGAAUGAAAGAGCAGAAUAUAAAACAGUAAAAAGUGAAUGGCUGUUAUAAUGAUGAAAUAUAUUUUGAGUAAACUUGUUUUUUGUAAAGUAGAUGAGAAAUUAUAUUGAUAGAAUAAUGAAUUGAGCAGCAUAUCUUACCAUUUUGUGAAUUGUUCUGAGCUAUAAAUUUCUGCUGAAACAACUUAGACCUGUAUUUGUUAUAGCCCUUUUUCCCUAAUAAUCUUUUAAAAAAAUCACAAAAACUUCAGAAAAGAAAAACAAACAUUUCUGUUAUGUUCUUUUAUUUUUAACAUUAGAAGGAAGUGUGCACUGUUUCUACUUAUUUCACAGAUCGUGACUUCAAAUGCUUAAUCAGUACUAUAUAAAUGUGUCAAAAUAUAAUAUUGCUAUGCCUCUAAAUGUAUAAAUAGUGUACAUAAAGCAAAAAUAUUCUAUUCUAUUCUAUGACCUUUCAAUGUAGUGAAAGUGUCAUUUCUCAUUAGACUAGUAUACUUGAGUUGUUUAUUUUUUAAUCUUAGAUAUAUAGUUCAAAUUGCAGCAUUCUCUUCUAACACUAUUUUUAAAAGGCAAUGUAAAUAUAAAAGUAUUAAUAAGAUGACUAAAAUAUUUUCUGUAUAGAAAAGUACACAUUUAAAAAUGUUAUUUGUAACAAAGAAGUAAGGGAAUACAGAAAUUUUUACAAGGAAAUGAUUUUCUGGUGGUUUCUCAAUAUCUAUUAAGGUAUAUCUUAAAUGUGUUUAAUAUAUAUCUUCUAAAUAUCCUCAAAUCUUUCCUUAUAAUGAGAAAAAGUUUUAUUUUGAAAAAUACAUCGAAUUGAUCUUUACCUAUUUGUAAAAUUAUGCCAAUAUACA